AGAGCUGCUCACCGCAAGAAAUACCACAAGUACUUCCAGAUGCUUCGUAUGGGCUUGCCUCGCGGCGCUGUGGAGCAAAAGAUGCGGAUGGCCGGCCUCGACCCGGCAGAGCUGAACGGUCCUCGUCAGGCGGCGACUCCUGCGCAGGAGCCAAAGAAGACGCUGAAACGCAAAGACUCGAUCCGCAAGAAGCUUCACUGGGAGGGAAAGCGGCACAGGACACGUCGCGACAGUCUGUGGGGCGGGGACGCCGUGGAAGAGGCGAAGGAGGCGGUCCAGAUCUCGGAGGAGAGUCGCGCGAUGCUCGAGAAGCUGUUUGUGAAGGAUCUGACCGAGAGCAAGAAGCGCAACGCCUCCGUCAAGUCGGAUGGUGCCGCUGCGGCCAAGAAAAAGAAGGCGAUGGUCCAGCUCAUCGAUAUGAAGAAGUCGCAGAACAUUGCCAUCACUCUGGCGCGCGUGAAGUUGACGUUCCCGGAGCUGAAGCGCGAGAUUUUGGCGAUGAACCCGUCCGUGCUUUCACCGUCUCAAGUGCGGUCCCUCAUGGACAUGUGGCCUGACCGCAAGGAGAUGGAGGCCAUCAACGCCUUCACGGGCGACAUGGCAACAAUCGGCACUGCCGAACAAUUUUUGAUGGAAGUGCGCAGUGUGCCGCGCUUCCACGAGAAGCUUGGAUGUCUAGUAUUCAAGCAAGAGUUCCCCUCGCGCGUGCACGAGCUGCGCGAGUCGUUGGGCCUUGUGACCCGAGGUGUGUACCAGGUGUGCUCUAGCGCAGAACUACGCCAACUAUUUAUUUAUAUUUUGCAGAUCGGCAAUCUGCUCAACUUCGGCGGCGACGACGAGCAGCAGGGCGUCGACGCCUUCUCGCUGGGAUCCCUGGUCAAGUUUUCGCAGACCAAGGCGUUUGUGGGUGGCAUCACCUUUUUGCAGUACGUGGUGCAGUCGAUCGAGCGCGACGUGCCCCACCUCGCGCACUUCUACAAUGACAUCGACCUCAUUUCCAAGUGCAGCAAGGUGGCGUACGCGUCACUGGCAUCGGAGAAGAACGGGCUGGAGGCUGGCUUGCAGAAUCUUUUGCGCGAGGCCGAGGCCUCGAUUCCGCCUCCUACCGCUAGCGAUGCUGACAAGGAGGCAAUGAUGGCGUACAACAACACUCUGAUGCAGUUCUGCAAGGAGGUCAAGACGGAGCUGUACGCACUCCAGGAGUUGCUGGACAAGCUGAACGCGGCCAAGGCGCACUUCCUCGAGUACUUCGAGGAGGAGGACACCGAGGAGGAGCUGGACGUGCUACUUACGCACAUUGCCAACUUCACGACCGAGUACCAGCGCGAGCAUGACAAGUACCAGGCCAAGAUGAAGAAGGAGAUGAUUGGCCUGUACUCGAAGUUCUCGCCGGCCAAGAACCCGGUCAAGGCGGUGGAGCCCAAGCAGGAGCCCAAGGCGCCGCACGGCAAGAUGCACCACGGUGCCAAGCUGCCGCAAAGCCAGCAUGGUCAUCACAGCCAUGGCAAGGCAGCGCACCCGCACCGGACGUCCAUGCCUCCGCAGAUCGACCACCCUCAGCCGAUCCGUCAGAUCCACCACGCGCGGGUGCUUCACCUGGAGAUCCCGCAAGACGACGACAUGGACGAGGUCUCGUCCACUGCGUCGAUGUCGCCUAAGACCAGUGCCGCCCUGUCUGGAGGCACACCCUAAGCUGCUCUACAUGUAUCAGCGCCGUCGCUCUUAUCGGAGCCAUGUAAAUACCUAGCGUCAGACACGAUUCAUUAUUGCCACAAACCAAAUGCAAGUAUUAUGAGGUUGUGCGAUCGCCACCAAGCUCUAUUGCAAUUUGCGAGGCUCUCUUGCGGCUCAUGAUCGGCAGGCAUUGACCGCAGCCAAGCCACCUCGGCCAAGUAGCAACAGCCGGGUGGUACGGAGCACUCGAGUGACUCGAGGCUUCUUUGGCAGCGUGGGAGCACCUUGUUGUCGAUACUUGAAGCGGUCGAGGGGCUUUCCAACACCACGAAGGCCACCGAUCCGCAGAGUCAUCUGCAGCUGUUCCUGCCGCCGUUCCCAGCCAAGAUAUCGUUGCCUUGACCGCCUGUCAUCAACACCACACGGGGCACGUAGGGGGAUAGAGAAUCAUGCCGCUCGCUACGUGGACUCCUUGGACAACUAGGUACUAUAAGUUCUACCAACGAUGUUUAGCUUCAGCCUGAAGUUCAGGAUACCUAACCAAAGCUGACGGCAAACCAAAGUGAAGAACAGCUUAAACUUGAUACAUUUGCUUCAUUGAUCCAUCGUACGACUUAAAUACUUGACUUCACAGAUACAUAGCUGUUCACGGAGACUAGACUGGAUGGCACGACGCCGAUGAAUACAAGCUAGAGACAUAGAGACAGAUACACCCGAGCGAUAGACGGCAGCUCGAGUUGUCCGGAGUCGACUCCGUUGUCCAGAUCCUUCCUCCCCAUCUUCCAAUGAAUGAGGGACGAAGUUUCGUGCGGUAGUUGAGAGAGAGAAGGACGGAGUUUGGGCGAGUCGACCGGGUAGACGAAGACGGACAUGGUCUUCAGACCGCGAGGGCCGCGGCGGGCUCGGGCUUCACGGAGGCACUGGAGUUCAUGUCCUGCUUCUCCUCACGAAUGUGCAUGGUGCACAUGCCCU